GAACUUCCUGUGCCCGGUGCAAUUCGUACGACGCUAAAAGAACCCGAUAAUCUUGGCACACCUUCUUAUUGCACUGAACAAUUACCAUGCGUUUUUUGGAGUGCUAGUGAAAUUCAAUAUCCUUCCGAUGGUGCUGGUUAUGCGUUUUUUACUACGAGAGCAAGUAUAAUGAAUUAUCCUGCAUUACCAGGAUGUAGUUUCGUAAAAGCUACAUCUUUGUCAAAUAACUGUUUUAUUAAGGAAUUAAAUAACGCAACUGCAAUUCUACCAACUUCUUACAUUGCCGGCGUUGAAAAUUACACUAUCAUGAUUGAGCAUUCUAUAAGGGGGAAGGCCACAUCUAUUGCGCUUCGUAACGGAGUGAUGGAUGGUGAACUUAUGUCUUUCGACGGAAAAAGUCUUAAAACCAUAACAAAUGCUACUAGGAUGGCUUCCAAUCCUUAUGCUGAUGGUGAUAUCUUUACUGUCCAAGAGCUUCUUGCAGCUGCUGGUGCAAAUUUGGACU